ACUGAUAAGACCUUCUCUAAUCGAAACAUACAGAAUAUAACUACUCGUCGGCCAGCUUGCAAUGGAUUUGCAAAGCAGCAUCCUUACGACCAUUUUGACUUUCAUAAUCUUCUUCCAUACCGCUAGCACCUGGCUGUUCAACUGCAAACGAAUCGACUUCGGAGUCUACACAGUUCAGAAAAACUGCAUCUUGGAGAAUGUUUUCAUCAACAAUGAAACCACCCUGUUUCGAGUAUUCUUUCCGCCGGUGGAUUUGGAGAUCAACUACGGAUCUAUUCGGAACUUUGACCGUGCUGUUGCUUCUCGCAUGAGCAACAAAACUAAAAGACUAACCGUGACCCAUUCGGAAGUGGAGCGAUUUUUCCUACGGGAUACUCUGGAAUACGCAGAGAUCAUUCACAACAGAAUUAGAACGGUGGAAUUUGAUUCGGCAGCGCAGUUAAAGGUUUGGAUGCUGCGGCUGAAUUAUAAUCAGCUGCUAGAUGCCACGUUUGUGAGCGAAAUACAAACGCUAGUAAUCCUUGGCUUGAACAACAAUCUGAUAACCAGUGUCAGUUGGAAUAUGUUUUCCAAAUUGAAACGUUUGAAAACAUUGGACCUAGGAAAUAAUUUGAUCAAGGAAAUCGAUUUCCGUGGAUAUUUGCAGCUGCCUUCUUUAAGAAGGUUAGUGCUAGCCGGGAACAACAUUGUGCAUUUUGAUCUUGGUAAUAAUGUUGUCAUGAGGGAUCUCAAAGAUUUCAACAUUUCCAUGAAUCAGAUUUCAACGCUGAAUACGUUUUCAUUGGAACGGAGCUUCCCUACCAUCGAGGAAGUUGAUUUGAAUUAUAAUCCUUGGAACUGCGGUAGACAAAUGCAAGUCAACAGCUUGUUAAUGUUCAAACGAGUUAAGAGGCACCUGGCCCCAAUGAAAGUGGUCUGUCACGAGAAUUAUUUGGAGCAAAUGGCAUUGAGUGCACCCGAUGGAAUCGACAAAUUAGUAAAUCGUUUUAACCUCACGCAAAACCUACGACUUGAAAGGCUACAAAUGCAAAGCAUCGAUGAAAGACUAAUCUCUGCACAAAUAAGAAUCGGCUUUCUGAACCUAAUUUCAAAGGAAAUCAGCGCAGCAAGCAACGAACUUGUCAGGAAGACAACCCAACUGUAUGAGCUGAACAGUCUACGAAUGUCACGUAACAUAAAUAUGCACAGCUGAGCGAGAUGUGUUUAUGGUGCUAGCAUAAUAAAGUUGUAAAAACAUAAAA